AUGUCGCACCUCGAAAUUCUCAAAAAGCCUGUCGUCUUCUCCAACGGCCUCUCUGCGCCCAAUGCGACGCUCAAGAGCGCCAUGACCGAGCGUCUCUGCACGUGGUCCGACACCGACUUCAAGAAGCGUGGCUGGCCCACGCCCGAGUACAUCCAGCUCUACAAGACGUGGGGCGAGGGCGAGAUCGGCACCAUCAUCCUCGGCAACAUUCCUUGCGACGCGCGCUUCCCCGAGGCUAAGAAGAACGCCUGCAUCGACCCCGAGAUCGCUUCGCACGACGAAUACGUCAAGGCUUACAAGCCCGUCAUCGAUGCCGCCAAGGCUCACGGCUCGCUGGUCAUCGCGCAGGUGACGCACGCCGGUCGACAAACCUCGGAAGAUGUUGCCCCCACGCCGGUCUCGUCGUCCGACGUGCAGUGCCCGCCAGGCAUGGGAAUGUCGUUCGGCAAGCCGCGUCCGCUCACCGUCGAUGAGAUCCACGACAUUGCGCGCCGCUUCGGUUUCGCUGCCAAGGUCCUCUACGAAGCGCAGUGCAACGGCAUUGAGCUGCACGCUGCACACGGCUACCUCCUCUCGCAGUUCCUUUCGCCCCGCGUCAACAAGCGAACCGACCAGUACGGCGGUGACCUCGAGGGGCGCUCGCGCAUCGUUUUCGAGAUCAUCGAGAGCAUUCGCAAGGCGGUGCCGGACCCCAAGUUCAUCAUCUCGAUCAAGAUCAACUCGGCCGACUUUGCCGAGGGUGGAUUCGAGGCCGAGGAGUCGUUCGUCAUUUCCAAGAAGCUCGAGGCUGCCGGCGUCGACCUGAUCGAGCUUUCGGGCGGCACCUACGAGAGCUCUGGCUUCGAGCACAAGAAGGAGUCGACCAUCGCACGCGAGUCGUUCUUCAUCGAGUUUGCCGAGCGCAUUCGACCGCACCUGACCACGACCAGACUUGCAGUCACGGGCGGCUUCCGCUCUUCCAAGGCGAUGGCCAAGGCAGUGGAGGAGAAGUCGUGCGACAUUGUCGGUCUCGCGCGACCCCUCUGUGGUGAACCGUACCUGAGCAAGGAGCUCCUCAGCGGUCAGAAGGAAAAAGCGAGGGUGACGCACCCGGACCUUCCCAAGGAGAUCGAGAUUGCUGCCUGCGUUGUCCAAAUCCACCAGGUCGGCAACGGCGCCACGCCAUGCGACACCUCGACCUCGGAAGGUGCCAAGUUUGCCACCAACGCCGUCAUGAAGCUCAGGGAGCCCCAGCACGGCGCCGAAAAGGAUCAGAAGCUGUAA